AUGGAGGCGAUAUUGGUUGAUGUUAAGAAAGCUGCUGCAACUACUACUGUGCUAACAUGCGCCGGAAUCAUUAUGGCGGCUGCUGCUACCAACUCUCUCCUCCUCGGCCUCGUUCAAGAUCUUACCAUGACCUUGAUUAGUUCUAAAGAAGAAAAGGACCCGAAUGGAGUCAAAACUGAACUCGUAGAUGCUGAUGGUGAAGAUGACAGCGAUCAAGAUGGGGUCGAAAACAAUGACCUUGAAGAAGGAGGUGCUGAAGAUGACCCAUCAUCUGCAGAAGAAAAAGACAGUGAAGAAGAAGAGGAACAAGAGAAACAUACUAAUGGCAACAAUGGGAAUGCAAAGAAAGGAACUGAUGAAGGAGGUGAUGAUGACGAAGGACACGAAGAUGGAGGUGAUGAGGACGACGAUGAAGAUGAGGACGAACAAGAAGAAGUUGUAGUCGAAGAAGAACUCUCUUAUAAUCUUAAGAUAAUGAUACCAAUGGGUUAUUUGUAA